AUGGCGACCGGGUUGACAUCGCGAGACGAGCCCAAGACGGCCGAAUACGCUGGAGAUGAGGUAUCUGCAUUGGUGCUCGACCCAGGUUUCUCAAGCGUGCGGGCAGGAUUCGCCGGCGAAGACACACCAAAAUCGAUUAUCCCCUCCUUCUACGCGUCGACAAGCUCGGGACGAUAUUUCGGCGACCAUGUGAUCGACGUAUCGCGCGAGGAUGUGGAGAUCAAGAACCCCAUCAACCGAGACGGCAUCGUGGAAGACUGGGACGCGGCGGAAGCGCUCUGGAAACACUCGUUCGCCCACAAGCUGACGGGGGUGCGGCCCAACAAAGCCCUGACGGACUGGCUCAAUGACCCAAAGUCGGUGCCGGACCUACAGAAAGCGAUGGCGGACGCGGAAGACACGGAGCGGUGUCUGGAAGAACACCCUCUCUUCAUGACGGAACCGGCAUGGAACACGACGAAGAACCGCGAAAAGUGCGCCGAGAUCGCACUGGAAUCGUGGGCGGCGCCGGCUUUCUACCUGGGACGGACGGGCGUGAUGGCCGCAUUCGCAGCGGGCCGACCGACGGCGCUGGUGAUCGACUUCGGGGCGACGCAGGUGUCGGUGACGCCGGUGCACGACGGGAUGGUGUUGAAGAAGGGCGUGAUGCGGUCCAACAUUGGCGGCAACUACAUGUCGUCGCAGAUCCGCAACAUGCUGGCGACCAACGAGCCGCAGCCGAUCAAGAUCACGCCGCAUUACCUGGUCCAGUCGAAACAGCCGGUGGACGCGGGUCAACCGGCGAAUUUUGUGGCGCGGAAAUUCCCCGAGGGGUUCAAGGUACCCCAGCCGUCGUUCCGACGGUACCAGGAAGAGAAGGUGGUGUUGGAAUUCAAGGAGAUUGCCCUGCAGGCCUGGACGAACCCGAACACGCCGUUCCGCGGGCCGGGCGAAGCGGUGACGCGCGAACAACCGUAUGCUCAUCCAUUCGAGUUCCCCGACGGCUACAACCAGCCCUUCUCGAUCGAGGGGUUCCGGCUCGUCGAGUCCAUGUUCGACGGCCAAUGCUACUAUCCUCCGCCGGCCGGCAGCGAGGAGGAGGGCGCCUUGUAUCCGGCUCCCGAACCGCAGGGCACCAUUCCGGGAUUGGUCAAGGCCAGUCUGGGUCAGGUCGACGUCGACAUUCGGCCGCUGUUGCUGGGCAAUGUGGUCAUCACGGGCGCUGCGUCGUUGAUUCGCGGUCUCCCGGAUCGCAUUCAGCAAGAAUUGACCAAGAUGUAUCCCAGUGCCCGGGUGAGGAUCCAGGCGUCCGGGAUGUCGGUGGAGCGGAAAUUCGGCAGCUGGAUCGGAGGCAGCAUCGUCGCCAGUCUGGGCACGUUUCAUCAGAUGUGGAUUUCGAAGAAGGAGUACGAGGAGCACGGCGCCAGUAUUGUCGAGAAGCGAUGCAAGUGA